AAUGGUACAGUGCACUAGUGUAUGAUCAAGUAACCAAUCAAAUUCAAAACACAAACAUUUCAAGCAAAAGGAUUGAAUGAACUACAACCUACUGCUGAAAUGGCGCUAAGCAUCAAGUACCAGUGUACUGUUCUUAUAAUAGCAUGUGCACUUUGCAACAGUUGCUGGAGCUGUACUAUUGAAGGAAACAAGACAUGCGGGUCAACGUGUGACUACACCGACUGGGCUUAUGAUGCCGACUGUCGUAGGCUGUCCUUGACCGCCGUACCGAGAGAGUGCUGUAUGUGCCAGACGGUAGACCUACGCCACAACCAGAUCGCUGCCCUCAACGAUGGAGACUUCGCCGGAUACAGUGACAUUACUUAUCUCGACAUCGAGAUGAACUCAAUGACUAAUAUCAGUCGGUUUGCCUUUAACAGCAAUUCCAGACUUGACACCCUGUACGCCCAGUUCAACCUUCUCACCAUCAUCUAUACAAACAAUUUCGCCGGAGCCCCAAACCUCCGUCAACUCUUCCUUAACAACAACAGCAUCUCCGAGGUGGAGAGAGGGGCAUUUGACGGCAACCCAAAUCUCGAAGUGCUCUUUUUGAGCAGUAAUCACAUCUCCAAACUCUAUUCAGAUUCUUUCCAAGAAUUAACCAAACUCGUCUAUCUAUUCAUAGAAAACAACUCACUUUCUUUCAUCCCAGAUGACACUUUUAAAGGGUUAACAAAACUGAAACAUCUCAGCUUGGGUCAAAACAAACUCACAAACAUCAACUCUCAGAUGUUUGAAGACCUGAAAAAUCUCCGCACUCUCAAACUUUUUUCAAACCGUAUCAUAUCCAUCUCUCUUCCUGAUGAACUCCCUAAUCUCAAACAUUUGGACUUAUUUGAUAAUGCCCUCAAAAACAUUGAUAACCUGACUUGCUUUUUUGACAUAAUGAACGUUCGUAACCGAAGAAGUAACAACCAUAACUUAGAGGUGGUGUAUCUCGCUAAAAAUCCCCUCAACUGCAGCUGCCACCUCGAACCGUUACAAAAAUGGCUUAUUGAUCACAAAGGCUUUCUGGGAAACCACCAACGUUCUAAUGCAACAUGCUAUGAUUCUGCUAAAAAUGCCACCAUCUUUCUGCAGAAUGAAAACACCUCCAAAAUUUGCCCAGUAACAAGCACCACACCCCUUCCUCUUACCACAACUUAUCUGCAGGACGAGAAUGUUGACGUUUUUGACAAAAUCGUAAUGCCGUUGGCUAUUGCAUCUUUGACAUUCUCUACAAUUGCAUUUUGUGUUAUCACUGUAUUGGGAGUGUUGAGAUUUCGUAACGACAGAUAAGGAAACAGAAAAAAACACAGU